CAUACCGCCUGUAAUGAAGCCUUACCGCCUUCAAAAAGCAGAAACCCAUCGGCACGUCUGGCUUUUCUAGAUAUAUUCGCAUAAAAACUACAUAUAUUUUCAUAAAAAGCUAUGCGCAUUUCUGGCCAUUCAUCAUCCACAGGCGUCCUCUUUUUAUGUCCCACGUCAUAGCAAUUACGUCAGAAGCGCGGGAAAAAUAACAGGAAGUGGUGUCGUGUUCUCUUGGCUCAUGAGGCUGAUAAACCAUGGCUACUUCAUCAGUAUCAAAGGGUUGCUUUGUCUUCAAGCCAGGUUCUAAGAAGAGAAAGCGUAUUGCAGAUGCAGAAGACUACUUUGUUGACGGAAAUGCUGAUUGUGCAUAUGGCAAAGAACGUUUUAUUACUUGUCAGAGACUUUGGGAGAAGAUUAAAACAGACACAGAGUUAUUGCAGGAUGACCUGAAUAAGAAAAUAUUGGAUAGUCUCUUAGAAUUCAUCAAAAAAUGUAGUUUAAGCUUCCAGUCCAGAGCUGAUGAUUGGGCAUCUCUAAUGAGAGAAAAUGAAAUACCUACAGCUGCCCUGGUGCUUGGUGUGAACGUACCAGAUCAUGAUGUGACAUUUCAGAGCCUAUCUGACCUCUUACAGGAGUCUAUAACCCCCUUUGCUGUUUCUGUACAGGCCCAAGAGUGUGCAGCUCUGAAGAAUCUGAUGCAGAGAGUAUUAGAAAGACUGAUGGGUGCUGGGGUGUCAGUGGAGGAUGAAGAAGAUGACACUAGUAUGUCUUUACCAAAAAAGAGGGUAUCCUGCUCAAUGAGUGCGCUUUGUCAGUGGUAUAAGACAGUAACAAAGAAACAGAGUGUGAAGUCCCCAGGGAAGAAAUGCAGUUCAGUGAACGUCUUCUCAGAGAAUCCACCAAUUUUGGUGAUUUUCAAAGACUUUGAAGCUUUUAAUCCACGUGUUCUUCAGGACUUUAUACUUAUCUGCAGUCGCUACAUCCAGGAGCUUCCACUGAUCUUCAUCUUUGGCAUCGCCACCUCACCCAGCACCAUUCAGCACAUGUUACCACACUCUGUGUCGUCUCUGCUGUGCAUUGAACUUUUUCAAUCACUCUCCUGUACCCAGCACCUUGCAACUGUUAUUGACAAGCUGAUUCUGACCUCACAGUAUCCAUUCAAGCUCAGUGGGAAGGUUCUACAGGUGCUGGUGAGCAUCUUUCUGUACCAUGAUUUCUCAGUCCGCAACUUUGUUAAAGGCCUGCAGUUGGCCCUGUUGGAGCACUACCACUCACAGCCUCUCAGUGUGCUCUGCUGUGAGAAAGAGGAGUUUCUGGCCUAUGCACAGAAGUUGAGCCACCAUGAUGUGGAGAUGGUCCGCCAGCUGCCCUCGUUCAUGAGAUAUGUAGAGGCACAAGAUGCACAGGAACAGGUCCAGCUUCUCACUAGUGAUGAACAUGUUAAGGUGGUGUGUCGGAGGUUACUGAAGGAUCUGAGAAAAUACCAUAAAAAUUACUAUCCCAUCCUCCGCUGUCUGCACACACUGACAUCUUCUCUGCCAAAGUAUCCUCUGGGGAAGCAAAUACGAGAACUGCAUAUAUCCUGCCUUGAGAAGAAUAUAUGGGAGACGAAUGAAUAUGAAUCUGCUAUGCAGCUUCUGAGGUUGCUUGCAAAAGAUGAGCUUGUAGCAACACUGAAAAAGUGUGUGGACAUUCUUAAAUCUGGGAAGACAAAGAAAAUGCGAAGUGCAUUGCAGCAGCUGGAGGACUACGUUGUCAAAUUUGAGCAGUUGGGCAACGUGUCUGUAGAAGAUCUUAAUGAAGAGGAAGUUACUUCACCAGGAAAGGAUCUCCAAAAGAAAACUGAUCUCUUCCAACUUCAAAAAACUCUCUUAGAGAUGAAAGGCAGUAGAAGAUCGAAGAAAAUGAGUCCGUUUGAGCUGCUGAGGAACGAGACACUAGGUGUUAUCGAUGGUCUUGUGAGGAGCCACUUGACACCACCAGAGUUGCAGCCACUACAUGAAGUAUGCUACUACAGCUCUUCUGGGAUACUUCGGCGCCACCUCAAUGCAGCUCCACGUACCUCCAUCCAGACUGCCCUCAGCCACCCUUUCUACUACCUGCAGAAUGUAAGCCUGAAAACAGAUGCAGGAACAGUGUCCAACGCGGCUCCAGAUAUCUGUAUUGCCUACAAGCUCCAUCUGGAGUGUGGGAGGCUCAUCAACUUGUAUGACUGGUUGGAGGCAUAUGCUACAGUAGCCUCCGCUGCAGAGGGCAAGGACCCUGACUCUGAAGAGUAUGGCAAAGUUGAUGAACUCAAGCAUGCCCGUUUCAUCCAAGCGGUGUCUGAGCUGGAGUUCCUGGGAUUUGUGAAAUCAACAAAGCAGAAAACUGACCAUGUGGCACGAUUGACCUGGGGAGGUUGUUAAUGGUGAUCCAUUUUGUUGAUAAUUGUGUAUUUGAAUAAAACUAUUUUUGAUAUGUCUAUUGUCUUUCAUCUUUCAUGUUUUAGAGAAAGAUGAUUAUAUUAAGUGACCAUGACUGAAAUGUUAUUGCACCUGUAUUAAUUCAUUCAAUUUCAGUAACCCCUUUAUCCUGGUCAUAUUGGAUCUGAAGUCUGCCACAGGAAACAUGGCUAAUACACAGAAAUAAUGUAAUGUAAAGUGAAAUUUUUUCAUAGCAGAACUGACUUGCAGAGAUUGUGUGGUUAUCAAUGUGGGUUUCUAAAAUUGUCUCCAUUUCAUGUUUGGGCUGAAAUCUUUACAUUACUGUCUCUACAUAUAGCCACAUAACAGGGCUUGAUAGGAAAAAUAAUUGGGUUUAUUACUAGUUCUUUUUGAUGCAAUAAUUAAACUAAUUCACACAAAACCAGCUACGAAAAAGGUCUGUGUCUGCCUUUGUGAGGCUGAAAACACAGGACUUGUAGAUGGAUAUGUUGUGAUUCUUGAUGAUUAAAGAAAAGUACAAUUCCUGACAUCUGGCAUUCCUAUCAACUCCCUCAUUGCUUGGUCAUGAAUUGCAGACACCAGUUUGGAGUUUGCAUAAUUAUAGUUCCUAUAAAAUCAUGCUUGAUUAAAGUUUUUAGUGCCAUUUGAUCUUUGAUCAGUAGAUUACUGCAUCAGAUAAGUGGCAUGGCAGUACAGCAGCGAGCAGAGCUCUAGGGUCCCUGCUUUGCUUGUGUUCAGGUUACACUCUGUGAGGAGUUUCAUGUUUCACUCCAACCAACAGAUCUGCUGGCUAUGCUAAAUUGACCCUAGCUCUAAUUGAGUGUAAGAAGGUGUGUAUGCAUGAACUGGCAUCUCAUCUGGGGUGUAUUCCCACCUCCUGUCUUGUGUUCUAAACAUGGCUUCACUUUCUCCCUGACUAAAAUAUAGCAGAUGAAUAUCAGACUAGACGACUGAAUCUAAUCUCACCUUGUGAUAAAUCUAGAACCAGACAAAUUAGCUCUCAAAUACGCUAUUUUAAGAGCCUCACUAAAAUAUAUAUAUAUAUCCAACACUCAUAGCUGUGCCCCUCUGAAGACGUGUUUAACUAGUUUAACUCCAAAGUAGCUGCUUUUUAGUCAUGUCUCUGCAUCCCUGUGAGAGUUUGUACCAUUUCACAGUACUAUCAAUCACACACUGAUACUGAUGUUUAGAUACAGCUCCCAUCUCUGUAAACAUGUUUAUUUAAUCAAAAAUAGCAGGACCUCUCAUCACUGUGUAUUGUAUGUUGGUUUCUUUAUCAGUUGUCAGGUAAACAUUCCCAUGAGGGACUAAUUAGGAGAAAAAUGAUCAGAUUUAACAACGAACCUAUUCAGUUGGCCGUACUCAAUCCGGCCAGUUCUAUAUAUUUCAUCUACAGAAGCUGAUAUGGUUCAUUCUGGCUGAAAUUGUUUUAUUACUGUAUUCAGAAUAAAUGUAUAUUCUCAUGCACUUAUGUGCACUGAUAAGCAACAGAUUUCUAGAGAAUCAACAUGGACAAUCCACAUGCUAUUUAAAAGUGCACUACACAAAAGAUUAUGUA